AUGACUUCUAUACAGAGCAAGGUAGACGCCGUCAAGGCGGCGGUUACCUCGACCACAACAUGUACAUCAGCAACAUCGGUGAUGCUGAAAGAGCUCCUCGCGACAGAAAUCGAAACAUCCUCAACAACAACAAAGUCCACGUCUCGAGCCACGAAGCCACCAACAGCAGCAAAGGGCAAGACCGCUGGCACAACACGAGCAGGCGCGACAGCCAGCAAGAAAGAUGAAUUGAGCCCGAAGGAUAAGGCUGCCCUCGCGGCGCAUAUCAUCAAUUUCGCGCUGAAGUCCCUUACCGAGGCUUCCAAGCCUGCACCACCACCUGCGCCCACAACACCAUGCCGACGACAAGUCUCGGGCGAUGACCUCCGGAAAAGCCCGAUUCGACGACAGCUACGACGGUCCAAUUCGAUGCCGAUGACUCCUAUGCAGUCACGUCCGCUGAACAGAACCUCCACGACUCCCAUGACUGCAGCCAAGCAAGCACCAAAGCCGGUCACGACAUCAACACCGCCGACAGCCUGCCUCGCGACAGUUGAAUGUCUGAGAACUGCGUUCACGUGCUUGAGAGCUCUUCUGGCUUCUGGCGCAGUAGCGUUUCCGGAUUUGCAGCUGGAGAGCGGCAUGUCCUCCUUUGUUGCCAAACUUGUCGGCCUAGGCCUCCACGAACACGCAUUGAAGGAGCUAAACAUUCUGAAGCGACGACUCGAAGCGUUGGGUACAUCUACCAAGACGAAGGCGAAGACCACCAAGACGACUACAACCGACGCGAAGGUCAAAGGACUUGCCGAGCUCCUGGACUUUGGUGAUGCCAAGUUCUCAGGUGCGACUGUUGGUAUUGUCGUCUCGACUCAGAUGCAUAUUUUGCGUCUGAUGUCCUUAAACAAGAAAGCCGCAAUAAUCGAGGCAGCCUUGCCGUACUUGAAUCCUACUUAUCCAACUUCUCCGACUCGUCUUCUUCUGGAGUCAGCCAAAGAAUCGGCACAAGCGAAAACGAAGGCUGCACGGCAACUUGAUGUUCUUUCACAGUUGCUACUUUCACUUACUCCAAGCCCCUCGAUGAAGGACGACGACACAGCAACUGAUUCCCGAUUAAGCUGCUCUCCUCCGUCUGCAUUGCAAUUGCAGACAUUCGGACUGGAGGCUCGUUUGCAUUGGUGGCCGAUGGUUGGUCACAAGGCCGACGUCGACGAGAAUAUCACGUCACCACUAUCAAAGUGUAUCACCUCAUUCAUUCGCAGAUCUCAGCACGACCUCCCGGGUUCCUACCGUAGAUCCCUCGACGUCUUCCAGCGCAUCAACAAGCUAGCCAAGAGUCAAAAUCUGGAACCGAAAUUGUCAUCAAAAUCACCUCUCGCGACCAUUUACCAAGCCCUUGGCACCGCCGCUCAGGCUGCUCGUCUUUACAAUGACUCGGCCGAUUGGAUCGCGAAGAUCAACAGUACACUGGACCCUGAGCGCGACUCUGCGGCAAAACGCUGUGCAUCCGCAGCCCAACUCGUGGCGGUAUAUGCCAAGCAAGUGCCUUUACCAGAAGAGUCGCUUGUCAAGGCUCUGACUGAAGUCAUUGAUGGGCUCCAAGGCUCACUCAAGGGCGACUUGUUCGAGCUUCAGGAACUCAUGACGAAUCUAUCUGCUGCCCGCAGGUCGGUCGUUGGGCUACUGGCCGCCAAUAAGCAGGAGACUCCGGACAACAUCAUCGAUCUUCUCAACAAACUGGUCCUUCAGCUUCCUCGAUUCUCUCUUCGAUGGCUUGGAAGAGCACCGGCAAGGGACGCAGAGGCCAAAGAAAAGGUCCGCCACGAUCAAAGAAAACAGUUGUUGCUCGGCUCCAUCACCCAGAUCAUGGAUUCUGCAUUCAUGGUUGCCAAGUCCUAUAUCGACAACAGUAAGAUGACUUGGGAGCUUCUCGACAACCUUCUUCAGGACUGUUUAUGGCUGCUCGAGACCAUGGGCGACACUGGUGCCACCAACUCCAAAAUCGAUGCUGCCAGCUCUCCAUAUACCAAGCUGUCGCAUCUUUACUUUAUGUUCUUCCACUGGUACCGUCGCAACAACGACGCCAAGCUGGUCGACAAGACCCUUCUUCGGUCUCUCAAACGAUCCGUUGACUGUGUCAAAGACAGACCGUCCGAAGAGAAGGAGAAGGCGCAGACAACCGCGAAACUUGAGUACUUCGCAGACCUAUGCAAGCACGCCGACCGCGUCAAGGAUGCCCGCGAUGCCCUCAAAUCCAUUUGCACGAAUAUGGUAGAAGAUGGCGUCUUGGCGUCUGUUGCGAACUCCUUGUCAUCGAACUCGCCUGCUGUUGCCUGGAGCGCCGACGCCAAGACGGAGACGCUGUCGAGAACUUUGAGCGCCAUGGUCAAACUCGAUCAGUCUUGGAACGACUGGACGUUUUUCCUUGCUGACGUUGAGCGGGCUGCAGUGCUAGAGCGCAUCAUUCAGCUGAUUCUCUCCGAUACAUCGAGCGACUCUACAUCCGAUGAUGUAAAGGAACCAGUCACGGAAGCUCUGCUGAGAAUUUACUCAACAGAUCGCUUCCCCAUCCGCCGGCUGCGAACUUUGAUACAACUUCUCACCAUGGCCAUCGGUGAUCAAACACAGUUCCGAGAUCUCAGGGAGCAGGCCGAAGCAACGCUACAAGCAUGCCGCAGCCAGGACCUUGCGGAGGACAGAGGCCUGGUCAACUACCUCGUGGAUCUUGAAGCUGGGCUGGUUUCAACGGUGGCACUUAUGGAGUCGCACUCGGAGUGGCGAGCCAGCGACUUCGACAAGUCAAUUGACUUGUGGCGGUCUAUUGUCAAUGACUGCUCAAGCAAGAACGAUAUUUUGUCUCGGAUUAGCGACACUGAGGGACUUCUCAGACAGCUUGGGGCCAUCGGAGAAUACGCCAGACUUCGCGGCGAGGACGAGUCCCUCCUUUCAAUCCUCGCUCUGUCCUCUGACAUCUCUCAAAAGCUUUCCGACUCGUUCACAGAUCUAUUGCUUCAGUCACACAGCGACCUCGCUGAUCAGUAUAUUCAUUUGGGCUACUCUGACAGAGCUGAAGAGAUUAUCAACAAAGCCAGGGAGUUCAUACAGGCUUCAGGCAGCGACGAUCUUGCGGCGGUCAAUCUCUUCGUUUCAUCCACCGAGCAUCAACUGGCGAAACAGAACGUCGAUGCAGCUCAAAAAUUGUUGCUUCAGGGCCAAGCUGUCUUUGAGAAGUCUUCUUCGAUUCGCCGGAGCACACGAUUGCAAAAAAAACUGUUGGUUGCCAAGGCCGCGGGUCUGCUUUCUCGCAUCAAGUGGGACCAAGGCGAAUACCAACACGCACUGUUGCAUGCGAAGACAAGUGUCCGUAUGCUCUACUCUGACUGGGUUGAUUUGGAAGAUCUCUGGAGAAAAGCGUCAGGCUCAACGCAGAGUUCGACCGAGACUUCGACGGACGGAUGGGUAGCUCGUCGAAUCGAUUGGGCUGAUGGGCCCGAUAGCUGGGCCAUUGCCUGUGGUCUCUUGAGGACAAUGCUGCACCUUUCAUCCGUAUACGCGCACUUGGGGAUGUUCCAAGAGACGAUGUACUACGCCGAAAAGGCCCAUCAACUCGCCAACUCCACGAAUGCCUCGAUUUACAGGGCACAAGCGGCCAGCUGGAUCGGUUCCGUUUGGCUCAAGGCAAGCAAGCUGGAAAAAAGUCUCGGGUACCUCAACGAAGCGAGACAACUCAUGGCUACAUCUGUAAAGCCCACCCGCCAAGCCUUUCAGCUUGCCUGUGAGCUCAGUGCCUCUUUCGGCGAGAUGAAAGAUCACGAGAACGAGAUAUUGCUUCUCGAGCUUGCAGAGGUCACGCUCGGGACAUUGAACAAUAGUGACAGGGGUGUAAUCACCGGGGUCAGCGAUGAUAAAGUUGUGGAUAAGAUGGCAAAGCUCACGCUGAAGGGCGCGACGACGACAACGACAGUUCGAAGAACGCGAGCUACCAAAGCAGCGGUACCUGCGACCAAGACGACCACCAGAGCAGCCGCCAAGACAACGACAACUGCGAGAACGACUAAGCGCACAGCUGCGCCUAAGGCACAAGCUGUAGUGCCAUCCAAGGCGCUCGCUGUCGCGGCCGGCAACCAUGCAUCCGAUCUGAAGGCCUCAAUGUUGAUGUACAAAGCGCUCGUGCACCUAAGCAAGGGCGAGUGGGCUGAAGCAUCAGCAUUACUCGAGGAGGCGAAGCAGAUGUCGAGUAGCCUGAGAGAGUCUCUCCGAGUCCAAAUCAGCGAAGCAACUUGUCUCAUCGAACAAGGCAUCAAGCAGAUGGAGCACGACUCUGUCUUCUCUGUGGUCAAGGAGUCCACAAUCUCAUACCCUUCAAUUCACACGACAUCCGACAAAAGCACCACGGAAAAGUCCUCGCCAAAUGGGCACUCCCCCCGGAAACCGCAAAGCCGUGCUGCUUCUGCAGACCGCAAGGCAACCAAAGACAACGCUACAUUCGUCGACACUCUAGAACAAGCCCAGACGCAGUUGAUGCAGGCGCAAGCGGAAGCUGCAAUUUCUGGAAACGGCCAUCUGGUUCAUCGCAUCUCAGCGUUGCUUCAGAGCACAGGUAUCGUUUUGUCUGCGGCAUCACAAGGCGUUCCUAGAAACAUGGCCAACUUCGGAUACGCAGCCUGCUCCGUUGAGUUUGCGCGAAAUCUGACGUGGAAGCGGGAACAGAAGACUGUGGCAACGGAACAACUUGAUGCCAUCUUCAGCGAUAUGGGUUGGCCAUUGGCUCUUCCAGUCAAAGACGACAGGCGUGCGACGAUCAUUACCGCAGACGACAUGACCAAGUUCCAGCAUGACUACGUCGAUAUCAUCCCCGAACCAUGGAGCGUCUUGUCGAUCUCGCUCAGUGACAACCGCAAAGAUUUGUGCAUCACCAAGUUGCGAGCCGGUCAGAGCCCAUUCGUCCUUCGGCUGCCUCUGGAGCGUGUCGCUUCCAGAGAUGGUGAAGACGAGUUGUUCGAUUUCCAACAUGGCUACGACGAGCUCAUGGACCUCAUCAAUGCUACCAACAAGAGCUGCCAUAAUUCUGGAGAUUACUCCGCUAAAGGGGCGAAGAAAGCGUGGUGGGAUCAGCGUGAUAACUUGGAUGGUAGAUUCAAGGAUCUUCUCGACAACGUCGAGCAAGUCUGGCUUGGCGGGUUCAAGGGUAUCUUCUCCCAACAUCGUCACCGUCCGGAGCUUCUGGCCAAGUUUCAGAAGGCUUUUGCGAAGAUUAUGGACAAGCAUCUGCCCUCACGGAGACAAGUCCGUGGCAAGAAGACUACCAAAGCUCCCAAGGUCGCUCUGGAGCCUCGCAUUCUCGAUCUGUUUAUUGGACUGGGAGACCCUUCGACCGUGGCACCGGACAACGACAUGGACGAGCCUCUGAAUGAUCUUCUCUAUUUCAUUGUGGACAUCCUUCAAUUCCAAGGAGAGAGAAAUGCCUACGAUGAGAUUGACUUCGACUCCAUGGUCGUGGAUACCCUUGAUGCCCUCCAGGCGUACCACAGCGCAGCCAAGACUUCGGAGCCCGAGGAAGGGGCGCACAGCAUUCUGAUUCUCGACAAGGCGCUUCAUGCUUUCCCGUGGGAGUCGCUUCCAUGUAUGGAGGGCCUGGCAUACUCCCGUGUUCCCUCGCUGUCCUGUCUUCGCCGGUUGAUCCUGGAGCAGAGAACGACCCAAAAUGGGGACGCCAGUCAUCACACAGUAUCGCCUGCCGGCGGCACAUACAUCCUCAAUCCCGGCUCCGACCUUAAAAACACCCUCAAGCACUUUGAGAAGCCCAUGACGACUCUUGGCGACUCCUGGACAGGCAUUGUCUCGCGUUGUCCCACGGAAGACGAAUUCGAAGGUGCUCUGAAGAACUCGGAAAUCCUUCUUUACUUCGGACACGGCAGCGGCGCGCAGUACAUCCGCGCCAAGACCAUCAGGAGAUUGGAGAAAUGCAAGGCUGCCGCCCUGCUCAUGGGUUGCAGCUCUGCAUCCCUCGAGAACGUCGGCGAGUACGAGUGUCAUGGCCCUGUCUGGAAUUAUAUGCUCGCCGGGUGUCCCGCCGUCGUGGGCACCCUAUGGGACGUGACAGACAGGGACAUUGAUCGAUACGCUGGCCGAUUGUUCGAGGAGUGGGGUCUUAUGGAGAGAGGCACCUUUGUUGAUGAUGGCAAGCAGAAUAAGGGGAAGGGCAAGGGCAAAGACCUUUUUGCGGACAAGAAGACCAAAGCCAGCAGCAAGAAGAAGGAGGAGAGCACGGAGCGCGCGAGCAACAUGUCGCUCGUUGAGGCGGUUGCGAAGGCGAGGGACGCCUGUAGGUACAGGUACAUCACGGCCGGCGCGGUGUGUGUAUAUGGCAUUCCCGUUUACAUCAGCAAGGACAAGGCCAACGGCGCAUGA